AUGCAAACCCUUGUAUCGUCGAACGCGACCAACACGACCAACACGACCCACUUACUGUACCGGGGGCCCGAACUCAACGAGUCUUCAGAGGUUCACACUGAUCGCGCAGGAAUGCCCACCAUAACUGAGUAUGGCUCUUCAAACAUCGUCAAAUACGUAGUAGCCCCUCUCCGUCACGUUCCACAACUCACAAACCAACUCAUUCAACUGCACAAAUUCUACACCGUGUUCUCCCCAUACUUGGGCCUGAGCAUGAACUCGGCUCGCUGGAGAUGGAUCAUGGAUGGGAUGUCCUUCGAACAGGAAGGGCGAAGAGGGAUUGAGAGCGUGAGGACCACCAAAAAAAUCACUAACGAUCACAGACUGAAGUACGCGUUGGUACAGAUUUGCGAGCGAACUCCGCAAGCCUUCCGCUUCAUCUCUCACAAGAUGAUCGAGGAACAGAUGGUAGAGGAUGAAAAUAUAUUAGGCCCUCGUGGGCCACGAUGGAAGGGUCACUACGAUACCGCGUUACAGGCUAUGGUUAAUGCAGGUUUCAUCACCUGUCGCAAGGAUGGUGUAGGGAUCUACGUCCGGGACCACACCCGGUCAUGGUUACACGCCGCACAAUCGUUGGCGGGAGGACCACACAACUACGAGGUUUUCUGCAAGGAGAUUGCAAGAAUGAUGGGCACCGUACAGCGUGAAUUGUUGAAAAAGAACGCCGAAAUAGUUGAACUUCGGGAGAGGAUUCAAGAGCUGAGCGUCGUUAAAAAUGGCGAAAGCGAAGAUCUCGAGGAUACCUCCAAAACAACUUUUCUAAACGUUCUCGAUAUCGCUCUAUGUUCACGCUGGUGGCACCGUCUCAAUGAUAGGAUCAUUGCUCGGAGGUUGGUGUUCAGACUUGGGAAGAGCGGGAUUGAGAAGCUACAGAAGCGUGUUUCCUGGCCUGCGCGCGGAUCCACCGGCGCAUUAGCCUCGUUCAAAGUUGAAGUCGAGGACAUCAUCAAACGACCGUUGGAUAGCGUUUGA